AUGACAGCAGAAUCCUCCGAUACUGCAGAGACUACUGGCACUGCUUCCACUUCAGCCCGUCCAGGUAAAGCCGGACGCAUCGAUUACGACAAGUGGCACAAAGUCACCAACGAGUUGGUCCACGAAACGGAACAAGAAGAGGAACGAGAAACUGAAGCUCAAAAGAAAGCCCUGGGAUUGGACGGAAAGUAUGCCAAUUCCAAGGCCGAAGCGGAUGAACGUCAAAAGGCCAAGGAAGUCAAACAAGCCAAAAAGAUCCUGGAGAAUUACACAAAGCGAGAAACUGCCGUCAGGUCGGUUUUGAAGGGACUCGUGGGACCCGUGCGAAAGAACGACGACGACGCUACCAAUGAAGAAACCAAGUCUCCCGAGCCCCAAAUUGUGCGCAUUACCCGGGACAUGAUUGAUGCUGGAAAGCGUGUGGUUUCGAUAACAGACACUUCUGGUCAAUCCAUCCAAGACACCAUUGUCAUGACGUCGGACCUCAGUUUGUUGGAAUCCAAAAUGAAGGCCAACGCUAUGAAGCCAAAGACCUACGCGGAGGAUGUUGAAAAUGACGUUGUGGAAGACGAAGAGACAGAAGAAACUCGUAGUGUAUUUGGGGCCAUUAAGGGAUUCAUCUCCAAUGUUCAUCACUGUACCAUCUUGGUCAAGUGUAAAAUCAUUUCGGGAACCAUUGAAAUGAGUCACUGCUCCAAUGUUCGAUUGGUCAUUGAAAAGGAUGCCACUGUUGCUACCCUUCAAGUGGAUCUCUGUCAAGACAUCGAAGUGGAAUUCCAUGACGCACCAUCCGGCAAGAAUCCUGCCUAUGGUCCCAAGGUCUACUGGGGCGAAGAUAAGGAAGAUCGUAUCUUUCACGCUGGCGUCAAGAACAUGAAGGUCCAAAUCAAACGAGAUGGAUUUAUUGAAACCGAACGUCUCUGUGAUUUUCGGAAAGAUGGAGCCAAAAAGAUUGGAAAUGCUUCGGAAGAAGAAUUUCAGUUUGUCACCUCGGUCGUGGAGGAAGAACUGGUCACCGAAGCCAUUAUCCGUGAUGGAGCCACUACGGGAGACAACGCUCGUGCCAUGACGCAACGAGAACUUGAUGCUGAAAAGGAAAGGAGAGAAAAGGCCGCCAAGGUUGCUGUUGGCAUGGCGGAAAAUAUGAUCAAAUUCAAGGAAAAGGAUGGAGCCAAACCCAAGGUUAUCAAGGACACUUCUGCCACUGCUGCUGCAACACCAGAUCCCAAGGUUGAGGAGGAAGAAGCGGUAGAAGAAGUCUAUGGAUCCAUGGACAAAGACCAAAUCGAUGCUAUUGUAUUUGAAUGCAACAAAAACAAGGCUCGGGGAAACGAAGCUUUUGGAGCGGGAGAAUACGCCCAAGCCAUUCUUCUGUACAGCUUGGCCCUGGACAAGGCCGAUGAACUUCCCGAUGCAGGAAUCCCUGGAGCGAAACAACUAUUUCCACGCGACGUUACUCUUUCCAAUCGAGCAGCCUGCUUUUUGAAACUGGGGGAACACGAAAAGGCGGAAGCCGAUGCCACCAAGGCAGCUGAAAUCAAUCCAAAAAAUGUCAAGGCGCUCUUCCGAAAAGGACUGGCACUGCAUGCCAUGAAGCAAUUCAUGGAGGCAAUCCCAGUAUUGGCGGAAGCACACAAGAUGGAGCCCAAGAAUAAGCAAAUCAAGGAAGCCUUGCAAUUUGCCGAAGUGCGAAUGACACAAGAGCAACGAAAGAGAAUGGAGUCGUAA